AUGCGUGCUCUCGUUUUUCUCUUUGCCUGUUUAUCGUUGUUUGCCUUCGCAUGGGGUAACAACUUGAUUCUUGGCAGACGUCUGCUUGGUGAUGUUCUUGUCGAAUCUCUACCCAUCUUCAAGCCACCAGUGCCAGGUGUCAGUCACACAGCCACGAUUAACAUAACUGCACCACCCGGCUACGUGAUCUCAUUCGUCAGUGCAAUCAAUCGAAAUCCGAGGGUAGUACACAUCAGACCUACAAAGGGUUAUAUUGGACAAGACUCGAUGAUCUUACUAGCUACUGGAAGACCAGGUUGGGCUCUUGCGAUGAAGGUUACCGCUUUCGCUAUUCGUUCCAAACACCCUAGUACCACAACAACUAGUACUACUUCGUCAACAACUACGAGCACUCAAUCAAUCACUACCUCCACCAAACCAACGACUACCAGCACUCAAUCAACCAUUACCUAUACCAUACCAACGACUACGAGCACUCAGUCAACCACUAUCUUCACCAAGCCACCGACUAAGGACACUCAAUCAACCAUUACAUCCACCGAACCAGCGACUAGGGACUACAUAGUGAAACUUCUUGCACCAUGGAAGUUGAACACUUACGAAUGAUAUAUUUCAAAAAUCAU